AUGUCAGAACAAACAAUCCAACCCGACUCUCACCUCCCCCAACAACAGAACUUCCCGCCGACACCACCCUCCGAACCCGCCACGGACCUCGCGAAGAUGAGCUCGAAUUCGACGACGACGUCGAGUUCUAGACUGGGGACCUCGUCGUCAGAGCAGCACAAGCACAUCUGGGUGAUUACGGGUCCCGCGGGCUGUGGCAAGACGUCCGUAGCCGAGUUUCUGGAGAGUACCUAUUCGCUGCCUUAUUUGGAGGGAGAUACUUUCCACACCCCGGAAAACGUCAAAAAAAUGGCCGCCGGCCAACCCCUCACCGACGCCGAUCGCUGGGACUGGCUGAUCCUCCUCCGCGAAGAAGCCCUCAAAGCCCUCUCAACCCCAACCACCUCCGGCGUCAUCGUAACCUGCAGCGCCCUGAAACGCAAAUACCGCGACGUCAUGCGCGUCGCCGCGUACCAUCACCCGCACGUGCGGGUGCACUUUGUGUUCCUGAAGGCGAGCGAGAGCGUGCUGAUGGAUCGCGUGCGGGCGCGGCAGAAUCAUUACAUGAAGGAUUAUAUGGUGAGGAGUCAGUUUGAGAGUUUGGAGGCGCCCACGAGGGAGGAGGGGGAUGUGUUGAGUGUGGAUGCUAGUGGGUCGAGUGCGGAGGUGCAAAGGUUGGCGUUGGGCGUGGUGGAUAAGGUGAUGCAGGCGGAUGCGUGA